AUGAAGCAGAAAGAUGGUGAGCAAGUGGAACCACCUGGGGCGUUAUUGCAAAGAUGCAAAGGGAGUGUGACCAGGAGUUGUGAGCAGGGAAAGGCCUGUGAGAGUCAGCACAUUCCAGAGAAAUGGCAGGGAAACCAGCCAGUGCAGAAAUUUGGUAAAUCUCUUAAUUAUCAGGGAACUCAGAAAGGCCACAAGGAAACCACAGACCAGCAGAGAAUCCCCAUGGGAGAGAGAAACACAUGCACUGAGUGUGGGGAAAAGUUCAGUAGGCACUCACGCCUUAUUAGCCAUCAGAGAAUCCAUACUCGAGAGCAACCCUAUGAAUGCUGUGAGUGCGGGAAAACCUUCACUCAGAGCUCAACCCUUAUUAAACAUCACAAAGUCCACACAGGGGAGAAACCCUAUGAAUGCUGUGAGUGCGGGAAAACUUUCACUCGGAGCUCAAACCUCAUUGCACAUCAGAGAAUCCACACAGGGGAGAAACCCUAUAAAUGCUGUGAAUGCGGGAGAACAUUCACUCUUAGCUCAACCCUCAUUGCACAUCAGAGAAUCCAUACAAGGGAGAAACCCUAUGAAUGCUGUGAGUGCGGGAAAACCUUCACUCAGCGCUCAAACCUUAUUACACAUAAGAGGAUCCACACAGGGGAGAAACCCUAUGCAUGUUGUGAAUGCAAGAAAACCUUCACUCAAAGGGCAUCUCUUAUUAGCCAUCAGAGAACCCAUACAGGGGAGAAACCCUAUGAAUGCUGGGAGUGCGGGAAAACCUUCAUUGUGAUCUCAAAUCUUAUUAAACAUCAGAAGAACCACACAGGGGAGAAACCCUACGAAUGCUGGGAGUGCGGGAAAACCUUCGCUUGGAGCUCAAACCUUAGUUCACAUCAGAGAAUCCAUACAGAAGAGAAACCGUAUAAAUGCAGUGAAUGCGGGAAAACCUUCACUCAGAUCUCCCACCUUAUUACACAUCAGAGAAUCCAUACAGGGGAGAAACCCUAUGAAUGCCGUGAGUGCGGGAAAACCUUCACUCGGAGUUCAAUCCUUAUUAUACAUCACAGAAUCCAUACAGGGGAGAAACCCUACGAGUGCUGUGAGUGCGGGAAAACCUUCAGGCACAGCUCACACCUUAUUACGCACUGGAGAGUCCACACAGGAGAGACGCCCCAUCAAUGCGCCGAAUGUGGGAAGAGGUUCAAGCACAGGUCCUCCCUCAAUACGCACCAAAGAGUGCACACGGGAGAGAGGCCCCACCAGUGCCUCGAGUGCGGGAAGAGCUUCCGGCACAGCUCCCACCUGAUCACGCACCGGAGAGUCCACACAGGCGAGAAGCCCCAUCAAUGCGCUGAGUGCGGGAGGAGAUUCCGGCACAGCUCUUCCCUUAACACGCACCGGAGAGUGCACAUGGGAGAGAAACCCCAUCAGUGCGCUGAGUGUGGGAGGAGAUUCCGGCAGAGCUCGCACCUGAUCACCCACCAGCGGGUUCACACUGGAGAGAGACCCUACCAGUGCACUGAAUGCGGGAAAACCUUUGCUGGCCACUCCGCGUUCGCCACCCACCAGUGGAUCCACACCGGAGAGAAGUCCCACGCGUGCGCCGAGUGUGGGAAGCGGUUCCGGCACAGCUCCUCCCUCCAUGCCCAUCGCAGAGUGCACACUGGAGAGAAACCCCAUCAAUGCGCUGAGUGCGGGAGGCGCUUCCGGCAGAACUCGCACCUGAUUGCGCACCGGAGGGUCCACAUGGGGGAGAGCUCCUUCCGCUGCCCGGGGUGUGGGAAAGGAUUCAGCCACGGCACAGACCUCAUUCGACACUGCAGGAAGGUGCCAGUGACCUUUGCGGAUGUGGCGGUGCACUUCACAGCGGCAGAGUGGGCCCUUCUGGGCGAGAGGCAGCGGGCGCUCUACCGGGACACGAUGAUGGAGAACUAUGGGAACGUGGCCUCUCUGGGGAUUCCCGUUCACAAGCCUGACAUCAUCUCCUGCCUGGAGCGAGGAGAGGAGCCCUUUGUCCCAGCUGCCCAGGACCUUGAGGAACCAGAGAUCCUGAGAGGCAUCUACACAGGGGACGGCUCGUGCCCAGACGGCCUCUUUAUCCCAGAUGAUGACAGGAUUGUGUCUCCAACUCGAGAGUCCUCACCUGGGAAUCCCGACUGGAGAGCCAGCGAAACAGCACAUGUGCUGCCCGCGACAGCCCGGAGCUCGGAGGCGGCCGUGCCCUGGAGCUGA